AUGCUCAAUUUGAAUUGUCGUGACUUUAUACUACUAUUGAGGUCCUUGGUGACUUUUGUUGUUCUUGGAUGUGUUUUGCUGUCACUGGGAUGGUUGCAGUGUGGUGUGGUCGACCUAGCUUUUCUCUUUGGUUUUUGUUGUGUGUUUGAAGCAACUACUGCAAUCCACCAUAGACGCCAUGAUUUUGUUGCAGCUUUGGGUCAACUCAUAUAG